UCUUGGCAGAGGCAAACCCUUCUGGAGUAGGCGAAGGCAUGGCUGGGAUGGUGCUGAGGGUGGUGGUGGCGGUGGUCCUGGCGGCGUGGGUGCCCGGCCUGCGAGGGGACCCACCUUGCCCACCCACCUGCCAGGCUUCGCGCUGCCCGGCGCCCCCCUCUCCUCUCGCCUGCCAGGCCCUCGGGGGUCAACUGCGCCCGGACCGCUGCCAGUGCUGCUGGGAGUGUGCCCCCGGAGAAGGGCAGCCCUGCGCCCCCGGCCCACUCUGCGCCUCCGGACUCUUCUGCAAGCGGGGCCCCCCAGGAGGGGGAGGGGGGCGGCCCAGGGGGGUCUGCACCUGCCCGGACUCCCCCUCGCCCCUCUGCGGGAGCGACGGGCGCACCUACCGCAGCCUCUGCCACCUGAAGGCGCACAACAAGGAGCCCCCCAGGAAGGGGGCACAGAUGCCCGUCAUCGCCGUCCAGAAGGGCGCCUGCGGGGAGAAAGAUCCUCUGGACCCCAACAGCCUGCGGCAAAGGUUCAACUUCAUUGCUGACGUGGUGGAGAAGAUUGCCCCUGCCGUCGUCCACUUGGAACUGUACCGCAGAGUGCCUUACACCAACAAAGAAAUCCUGGUGUCCAGCGGCUCGGGCUUCAUCGUGUCGGAAGACGGCUUGAUUAUCACCAAUGCCCACGUCCUCACCAACAAGCAGAGGAUCAAAGUGGAGCUCAAGAGCGGCCACCAGUUUGAUGCCAAAGUCAAAGAAGUCGACCACAAACUGGAUAUUGCCCUGAUCAAAAUAGACGCCAAUAUGGAUCUCCCAGUGCUUCUGCUGGGCAGAUCCUCCGAUCUUCGGCCUGGGGAGUUUGUGGUGGCCCUGGGGAGCCCUUUCUCCUUGCAGAACACAGUGACCACAGGGAUAGUGAGCAGCACACAGCGGGAUGGCAAGGAGCUGGGGCUGAAGGACUCGGAUAUGGAGUAUAUCCAGACGGAUGCCAUUAUCAAUUAUGGAAAUUCCGGCGGGCCCUUGGUAAACCUGGAUGGCGAAGUCAUUGGGAUGAAUACUCUCAAAGUUACGGCCGGCAUCUCCUUCGCCAUCCCUUCAGAUCGCAUCCGCCGGUUCCUGGAAGACUCGCACAACCGUCAGACAAAAGGAAAGAGCAGGACCAAGAAGAAGUAUCUAGGACUCCGGAUGCUCCCUCUGACUUUCAACCUCAUCCGUGAGUUGAGACGAAGGGACCGGAAUUUCCCAGACCUGAUUGCCGGGGUCGGGGUCUACGUCUAUGAGGUGAUUCCAGGAACGGCUGCCGAAAGCGCUGGUCUGCAAGACGGGGAUGUCAUUAUUGCCAUUAACGGGAAAACCGUCACUUCGACGCGAGAUGUCACGGAUGCCGUGCAGAACAGCGAGGCCCUUGCCAUCGUGGUGCGGAGAGGGAAUGAAGACCUCAUCCUGACUGUCGUGCCAGACGAAAUCGAUUAAAAGUUGCCCUUUUGAAGCAAAA